UGUAAUUGGACUUCCUCUCCCUCUUUUGUUUAUCAACUGAACCGUCUGACGUCAUCACCCAGCUCCGGGGGGGUCUGAGCAGCUCGCGGCUGCUGCUUCCAGACUAGCUAGCGGACGAAAAACAAACCGCAGCGGAGCUGAAGCUAAACGUUAGCUCGCCGCUGUCUGAGAAACAGGACAGGAAGCGACUCUGGUACAACGAUGUCCGACGCUGCUAGCACUACUUCUACAGACAACAACGGAGACCCCGGGCUAAACGGGUCUUGGGUGGAGUUGGAGAUGAACAGAGGUACAGCGGGAUCUGCCCCAUCAUCCUCCACAGACGGCCCAGCUCCCGGUCUGCUUCCCCUCCCUCAGGUGGAGGAAGAGGAGGCCAUGGUCGGGGGGCUGGAGCAUGUCCCAUCCUCAUCCUCGAUCCACAACGGAGACAUGGAGAAGAUCCUGCUGGAUGCCCAGCACGAGUCGAGCCGCAGCAACUCCUCCUGCGACAGCCCCCCGCGGCCCCACACUCCCCAGGACGAUGGACAGAUCAUAUUUGACGUGGAUGUGACCAGCAGAAGAGACAGCCAAUCAGAAGAGGAUGUUUUGGACAAGGAGAGGGACAUGGACAUCCUGAUGAAGGACGCAGAUUGGGUUGCUGACUGGUCCAGUCGACCGGAAAACAUUCCCCCCAAGGAGUUUCAUUUCCGUCACCCUCGACGCUCAGUAACACUCAGCAUGAGGAAGACUGGGGCCAUGAAGAAAGGAGGCAUCUUCUCCGCUGAGUUCCUCAAAGUCUUCAUCCCCUCGCUGCUACUAUCACACAUCCUGGCUCUGGGCCUGGGAGUCUACAUCGGAAAGAGGUUGACCACGCCACCCGCCAGCUCUUUCUGAACCUGAAACUGAAGAAAAGUGCCUGAGAAGUGGCCAUGAGUUGUUGGAGAAAGUUUUGCUGUCGUGAGAAGAACGCCCGUCUCUCCUUCCCCUGUCCCGCCUGCGACCCCACCUCCCCAUUCCUGAGAUAUGACAUGUUCUCAGGAGAAAUGCAUCUGCCUUCCCCCCCCCCCCCCCCCCCCCCCCCCCCCCCCCCCUUUUUAUCGCUGUUCUCCAAUUGUCUGUAGAUACCCCCUCUCCAUUCCCCCCUAAUAUCCUCCACUCAUUUGUAUAAGCUUUUCAAAGAAUGAAUAAGGUCAUGUUUCCCUUUCCUCAGCAUUUGGGUUUCAGUGUUAAUAAUGGGUGGGUUGUCAGGGCGGGUCACAGCAUCAAACCAAACUCUCGCCCUUUGAUAAUCUGACAAGAAGGGAGAAUGACCCAGUUUUAGUACUGACCACAGAUUGUGCCACCUACAUGAGUAGCCCAGCACCUGAUCUCGAAAGGGUUCGACCAAAUUCAGAGUCGGCUACCAAAACUGAAAAAGUGAUCAUGCCUUUUUGAAAGUAGCCAAUUUUUUCAUUUUCUUGAGAUAAUAACAUUUUUUUUAUUUAUUUUACAACAGUGUUGGUUUAUUAAGAAGUUAUAAUGAGGAAAGGAGUUGCCAUAGUGGCCAACCAGAACCAGAGGCGCUCAUGAAUUGCACUGGGGGGAGUCUCGCGAGAGAGAUUUAUGUGACAUUUUCUGCGAUGGAAACUAGGAAUUUUAAUCAAUUCUGCAUCUGAAUGGAUAUUUUUGCAAAGUGACAAUAACUGGAAACCAGGGUGUAGAUGUGUGUUGUGCAGCGAGGCAGUGUGUUCCUCAGUGUGUCCACUAACAGUAUUUUGUGGUUGGGUCUUGGUUGACAGCGCUGCCCUCUGUCCAAACAGUCCAUGUUUGUCUGCAACAUAUGCUAGAGCUGCUUCGGUCCUGACCGGUCACUUCCCACUUACCUUUACUCCAGAUUGGGCUGGAUAUUACUGAUUGUUUCAAAUUUUGUAGAUUCUUAGUCAUCCAAACGGAUUCGUAACAAAAAGCUUAAUCAACAUGAGAUUUGAUAUAAAGAGAACUUGCUGUAUUGACAUUUGUUUUAAGGUUGUUUGAGUCAUUUUAUUUACAAAAGUAAAGGAUUUCAAUUAAGCUUUAACUUCAAUAUUAAACUUGAAAUAAUUGACUUGUGUUGGUUGAGAGAAAAUGUCCAGUGUUAAUCCGCCCUACAUCCUCACACACUUGCCAAAACGUCCUCAAAACGAGCAGAAAUACUUAUUCAAGCUGCAGAUGAAGGGACCUGAUUCCAGGGUCAGUCGAGAGUGGACAGACAGAAGACACCAGGUGAUCCUCGCCUAAACAUGCAGUAACUUCUGAUCACCUGAAGGGAGGUUUGUGUUUACCGAACAGGACUCCACUUCAUGCGUUAACACAAUGUUGACGUUUGCAGUUUUUCCUCCACUAACUGUUGUGUUGCUGAAUACUUUGUUGACAGACGUACCGGUUUGACAUGUAGGAUGACAGGAUGAGCUUCAGUUUUGAAGGUGAACAUUAAACUACUUUUACAUGGAGCUUGCAGGGUGACAUUUUGAUAGAAAAAGGAAGAGAGUAAAACUGUUGCUAGGCGACAGCAGGAAUUCUUUGUUGACUUUUUCAGAAAGCCUCUCCAUCAAUUAAUUUAGCUCCAAAACCUGUUUGACCCAGCAGGUCGACUCAGGACGUGUCGUCUUUUUGUUUCACCUCUUACGACAGGCUCAUGAGCUACCAACAGUGACUGUGGUGAUGUGUCCAUCUCACUGCGACGUUGUGUAGUGCGACAUACACGUGUCUGCCUGUGUUUGUACGUGCAGCGUUCCACUCACAUUUUGCAUUGUUCUUUCCUGUUUGCUUUGUUUUGAGUUGUCAGUUUUUUUGUUUUUUCCCCCUGAUGUUGCAGAAAGAUUGUGAACGCACAGAGCCGGAGUCGAGUCUGACACAGAUCGGGUUUAAAAGUGCGGACAUAAAAACGCCUGUUGUUGAUGGCAGGGCCUAAUGUGAAAAGGAAAUGGAAGGUGUGGAAAGAGAUUUCCCUCAGACUGCAAUGGUCUAACAGUAGUUGUUGUAAUGAUGCAUUUGCUUUGAUUUUCUUUUCCCCACUACAUUGGAAAAAAUGGUAAACAUUUUGUCAUUAAAGAUUACCUGAAUGAA